CUUGUCUCAUCGCUCGCCGGGCGCUCGCAUUGGCUCGCGCUGCACUCGGUUCACAUCAAGGCGGUCCACGAGGCCGCGCUUACCACGGUCAACCAGGACCUGCGGGUUCUUGUCCUGAAGACUGAAGUUAUUUGGUUCAGUCCCGUCAUGGUCAAGUCUGUUACCGUCGUUCUUCUGGUUAUGGGCCUGGCUGCCUCUCAGGCCAGUGCCCUGGUACUCCCCACCCGUUUUAUGGAUACCCUGCAAUCCAUCUUUGGGACUACAUUAGAUCUUCCAAAAGCUGAGAUUGGUUGGACCGAUCCGCGUCUCAAUGGUGGACGGUUUCUAGACUUCACGACUCCCAGAUACGGGGAACCGCUAAAUGUCAUCAUAUCCAACCAGUCAGAUCCCUUCAUAUUGACAGAUGCUGGCUUCCGUCUGUACUAUAAGUCCAUUGGGUUUUCUGAGGAGUGUUUAGGACUCCAUUAUGGUCAUGUUCACAAGGCAGACCUCGGUGACGGCGACAGCCAGAAAUCCGAGCAUAUUCUGGCAAGGCAACACUACUUCCCUAAGUGGGGAACUUGCUGGGAAAGUAUAGCAGGAGGAAACCACUUCCGUGCCUGGAAGCAGAAUGGCACAGAAAUCGACACCGGAGCGUGGUUUUUGGCUGUCUCCAAGGAAAUGGACUCCACUAAAAACCAUAUGAUUAUUCCGGAUGGAUAUAACAUCGGUCGUGAUUUUCUCGUCGAAGCCGCCACAUCCGUCAGCCACUGGAAUGGCAGGUGGUGGCAGGCUGAUGUGGAGUGGCGGAGAGGCCUACUCGAACCAGGAUACAAAGGAAUUAAUCAUGCCAUUGCACAAGAUGGACGCAUUGCGAUCCUGACUGUCAAUCGACUAUAGUCAUGGCCUUAGAUUCAGUGGGUGUAAUAUUACUGUCAGUUUGGAUGACAGUGUAGGUGUGAUGGUGUUGUAUUAUAUACCACAUGUACAUAGAACAUUAUCUUGUUAUUUACAUUGCAUGCAGUUUAAAUCAUUAAUAUUGGUACGGAUAUCCUUAUUGUCCUUGGCACUUAUGACUAUCUCAGAGAUCCAUUCGUAUGCUGACAGACCGAAAUCCAUCUAUUUCAUUACAAUUACAACAGCUGGUAUACAAUCGUGCCUAGAAAUGUAAACAAAAUGCGGGUAACAAACAAAC